UCAUCGACACAAUCUCACAAAUGCCCAGGCAGAACUGUACGUACCGAGACUCGGCGUGGGAGGAGGCGCUUGGAAGCGAAACAUGGCGAAAUAAUAACAAGUUUGCCCGUCUGACGGUGUUUUGAGGUUGCGUACGACAUACCGCAGUGUUGGAUUUGGCAGUACCGAGUGGUCCAGUCUGGAUGGUGGAGACGAAGGCGACGCCCAACUUUAAACAGUCGAGGGCCCGGUCUAGAUUGAGUGUUGCGGGGGCUGGUCCAGAACACACCGCCCGCCUGCUAGUCUGUGUUUUUCCGGAAAGGUUGGCAUCGCUGGGCGCGACUGUCAACACAGAAAAUGAAAGAAGGAAAGUUUAUUACAGAAAAGACUGUUUAGCCUACUGUCUUAGCCGCAUUAGCUAAAGUCAAAGAUUUGAUCGCACCCACCUGUCUCCUCCGAGCGACAAUUUUUGGAUAUUUCGGAAGUUUAACAAUCGCAAACGCAUUGAGAGACAUUUGCAACAAUACCCUCGGGAAUUUUUUACUUAAGGGUAAUGCUGACAAUUUGAUAAGCGGCUGUGGUGCGGUGCUGACAGACUCGGGCGCCAUCACAUCGUUGCGUUCGUAAAAUAAAAACGCUGCGUAUUUUGCCUUUUUAUUUUUCGUUAUAAUUCGUCAUCAAGAACAAUACAGUGGUGCCAUUUUUUUCCUCUACCGGCGAAAUGCCUCCCAGGACAACGCUCCUGAUAUGUCCGUAAGAUUCGAAGACGUUUUGAUAAAAUGAACGCAGCAAGGUGUUCGACAGUGGGGGUGCAUUGCUUGGAAAAGGUGGUCGUUCUUCGAAGAGCGCCUAUGGCCGUUUUACAGUAAAAGUUUAUAUAUGUCGUUACGUUGGCCGUGGCUUAGCUCGACGUGAACUAUUAUUUUAUUUGACAAGACGACGUUCCGAGGUGUCGCCGAGAGUUGCCUCGAGCUAGCCGGCUACGUGCUCUAAACUGCGAUGUGUUCGAUCCUUUGAGCGCUGCAACGAUUUCAGCAAACUGGACUGCCAAUUGCGGACAAUUAACAUCACCAAAGGUGCCAUCUUCACACCCUCUAAGUGCUCCUUGGGAAAAAUCUGACUAACUUGUCAAGCUAACGUUGCAAGUUUGGCCAGCCAUGUCUGAAAACGCCCCCACGCGAAGCCUGGAUGACAUCGACCUGGCAGCUCUGAGGGAUCCUGCAGGAAUUUUCGAGCUGGUUGAGGUGGUCGGCAAUGGGACAUAUGGGCAGGUAUACAAGGGCCGCCAUGUUAAGACAGGCCAGCUCGCGGCCAUCAAGGUGAUGGAUGUUACAGAAGAGGAAGAGGAGGAGAUCAAAGCUGAAAUCAACAUGCUGAAAAAAUACAGUCACCACCGCAACAUUGCCACAUAUUACGGUGCCUUCGUCAAGAAGAGCCCACCAGGACACGAUGACCAGCUUUGGUUGGUGAUGGAGUUCUGCGGGGCCGGCUCGGUGACUGAUUUGGUGAAAAACACAAAGGGCAGCUCUCUGAAGGAGGACUGGAUAGCGUACAUCUGCAGGGAAAUCCUAAGGGGCCUUUCCCACCUUCAUGCCCAUAAAGUCAUCCACCGAGAUAUCAAGGGCCAGAAUGUUCUUCUCACAGAGAACGCAGAGGUGAAACUUGUUGAUUUUGGAGUUAGUGCUCAGUUGGACAGGACUGUGGGGCGUCGAAACACCUUCAUUGGUACGCCUUACUGGAUGGCGCCGGAAGUCAUUGCCUGCGAUGAGAACCCUGACUCGACUUACGACUACAGGAGUGAUAUCUGGUCCUUGGGAAUCACAGCCAUUGAAAUGGCCGAAGGAGCCCCACCACUGUGUGACAUGCAUCCAAUGAGAGCGCUCUUCCUGAUUCCCAGGAAUCCCCCUCCUAAACUUAAAUCAAAAAAGUGGUCCAAGAAAUUUAUCGACUUUAUUGAGGCCUGCCUUGUGAAGACGUAUCCCAGCCGACCAUCCACGGAGCAGCUGCUCAAGCACUCCUUUAUCAGGGACCAGCCUACUGAGCGCCAGGUCCGGAUUCAACUGAAGGACCACAUUGACCGUACGCGCAAAAAACGGGGAGAGAAAGAGGAGACAGAGUACGAGUACAGCGGUAGUGAUGAAGAUGAUGAAAAUCGAAGCGACGACAGAGAGUCAAGCUCAAUCCUCAAUGUGCCGGGAGAGUCCACCCUGCGUCGGGACUUCCAGCGUCUCCAACAGGAGAACAAGGAGCGGUCGGAGGCUCACAAGAGGCAGCAGGCCCAGUUGGCCGCUCAGCGCAGAGACCCCGAGGAGCACAAAAGGCAACUGCUGCAUGACAGACAGAAACGCAUUGAGGAACAAAAAGAGCAGCGUCGACGACUGGAAGAGCAACAGAGAAAGGAGAGAGAGAUGGUGAGGCAGCAAGAAAAAGGUCCCCAUCGGAGACUCGACGAUAUGAGACGGGAGGAAGAUAGAAGGUUGGCUGAAAGAGAGCAGGAGUUUAUAAGACAUAAAUUAGAAGAAGAGCAGCGGCAGCUAGAAAUCCUUCAGCAGCAGCUGCUUCAGGAGCAGGCACUGCUUAUGAAACGAGCAUCAAACAUCUCAGUGACGCACGAGUAUAAGCGGAAGCAGCUGGAGGAGCAGCGUCAGUCCGAGCGGCUGCAGAGGCAGCUUCAACAGGAGCACGCUUACUUGGUGUCUCUGCAGCAACAGCAACAGGAAAAGAAGCCCCAACUCUACCACUAUAACAAGAACCUGGAGCCCAACAACAAACCCACGUGGGCCCGUGAGGUGGAGGAGCGAAGUAAGCUCAACAGACAGGGCUCUCCAAAGAUUUGUACCACUGUCUCUGACACCGCCAUCCAGUCACGCUCAGACUCAAUCAGUCAGUCCGCAGGGGCCCAGUCUGCUCAGACCCCCCCGAUGCAGAGACCUGUUGAACCUCAAGGAGGACAGAGCAAGUUCCAGAUGGCUCACUUGGUUCCACUAAAGCCUUACGCUGCCCCUGUCCCACGCUCCCAGUCUCUCUGCGACCAGCCUACUAAGACCAUGUCCGCAUUCCCUACCCAGGACCCCUCCCUCAUCCCCACUCCCCGACCCAUCCACACCAGAGAGCUUGUGCGUCAGAACUCAGACCCCACGUCUGAGACCCCUGCACCACAGGCACACCAAAUUAGAGAGGACCGUGGGCCCUGGAUCCGCUUGCCAGAUGUGGAACUCCCACCCAAGAUUCCCCAGAGAACAGCAUCCAUCGCCACAGCUCUCAACACCAACCUGACCUCCGGCAUUAGGCAUCCAGUGAGAGCCAGUAAUCCAGAUCUAAGCCGAAACGAUCGCUGGGAGAGAGCCGACAGCAUUGGCAUCAUAUCUAAUCUGCCACAGACGGGCUCGUUGGAGAGGCAUCGCAUCCUCAGUUCCUCCAAAAUGGAGUCACCCGUUCUAUCUCAUGAUAGUCGUCAGAAGCCGGGGGAGUCUCGCACCUCUUCUCGCCCGGGGCGCCCUGCUAGUUACAAGAGAGCAAUAGGAGAGGAUCACGGCCUCUUUGCCAAAGAGCGUGCUGAGGAACAGCCGAGGCCCCCGGUCAAAGCCAACGAUUACUCCUCCUCUUCGGAGAGUAGUGAGAGUAGUGAGGAGAGCGAAAACGGAGAGGGAGUAGAAGAGGAGGAAAGUCCCACGGAUCGUCACAGGGACGCAGACACCGAUUCAGUCAACACCAUGGUGGUUCAUGAAGACGAGGGCGAGGAGGCAGAAGGAGAGCAAGCUGGAGGUUAUGGAGAUCAGACCAUGUUGGUGCAAAGGACCCCUGAGAAGCGCAGCCACAACGGUUACACCAACUUACCAGAUGUGGUGCAGCCCUCCCACUCCCCCACUGACUCUGCUCCUCACUCCUCGCCUGGGAAGGACUCGGUGUAUGAUUAUCAGUCCAGAUGUUUAGUAAAGGCACCUGGCAAGUCCUCCUUCACCACCUUUGUGGAUCUUGGAAUGUACCAGACACCGGGAGGUACCGGGGAUAACAUUUCUGUUACCAGCUCAAGAUUUGAACAGCUGAAGAUGGAGGUGAGGAAAGGUUCCAUGGUGAAUGUGAAUCCCACCAACACACGCCCCCCUACUGACACACCUGAGAUCCGAAAGUACAAGAAGAGGUUCAACUCUGAGAUCUUGUGUGCAGCGCUUUGGGGGGUGAACUUGUUGGUGGGGACGGAGAAUGGUUUGAAGUUGCUCGACCGCAGUGGACAGGGCAAAGUUUAUCCACUCAUCAACUCGCGCAGGUUCCAGCAGAUGGAUGUUUUAGAGGGCCUUAACCUGCUCAUCACCAUUUCAGGCAAGAAAAACAAGGUGCGCGUCUACUACCUGGCCUGGCUGAGGAAUAAGAUCCUCCAUAAUGACCCUGAAGUGGAAAAGAAGCAAGGCUGGACCACCGUGGGUGAGAUGGAGGGCUGCGUACACUACAAAGUUGUGAAAUAUGAGAGGAUCAAGUUCCUGGUGAUUGCUUUGAAGAAUGCCGUGGAAGUGUAUGCUUGGGCGCCCAAGCCUUAUCACAAAUUCAUGGCCUUCAAGUCAUUUGCAGACCUGCCACACCGGCCUGUCCUUGUGGACCUGACUGUGGAGGAGGGUCAGAGGUUAAAGGUCAUCUACGGUUCCUGUGCCGGCUUCCACGCCAUCGACGUGGACUCUGGAAACAACUACGACAUUUACAUCCCGGUUCAUGUGAGUUGUUCGGCUUUCGAGGAGCGCCGGCGCGGGAGAUUUGAAAACCACUCGGGGAUUCGCUUUGCUCCCAAACAGAUCCAGAGCCACGUGACGCCGCACGCGAUCGUGUUCCUGCCCAGUUCCGACGGCAUGGAGAUGCUUCUGUGCUACGAGGAUGAGGGCGUCUACGUCAACACUUACGGACGCAUCAUCAAGGAUGUGGUCCUGCAGUGGGGAGAAAUGCCCACAUCUGUUGCUCACAUCUGCUCCAAUCAGAUCAUGGGAUGGGGAGAAAAAGCCAUUGAGAUCCGUUCUGUGGAGACGGGCCACCUGGACGGCGUCUUCAUGCACAAGAGAGCUCAGAGGCUGAAGUUCCUCUGUGAGAGGAAUGAUAAGGUGUUCUUCGCCUCAGUGCGUUCAGGCGGCAGCAGCCAGGUGUACUUCAUGACCUUGAACAGGAACUGCAUCAUGAACUGGUGAAGGGACAGCUGCUCUGCUCUCGAUGGAGCCAGAAGGAUUUGGAAGUGGAAGUGCAUCCAACAUUCUCUGAUACACACACACACAAACACGUGGGCGAGCAUGCUGCUUCACUGUGGUAUACACACACACACACACACACACAAACACACUAGCAGACACACUAAUCAACGCCGAUAAACAAAUGUAUUUAAAAAAUGCACACGCGCUCGGAUUUAAAAAGUCAAAUAAGCAGUCUUUAAACGUUUUCAGAUCAGCCUCAUGGCCCCGAUUAAUAAUAAUUUCUGACAGAGAGUCAGCGUUGCUCUCUGAUUGUUGAUAGCGUUUAUUUGUUUGCGCUGUCCAUACGUCUGUCCUGCUUUCCCUGAGUUGGUGGAUCCACGCACAUUCGUAACUGCUUAGUUGAUAAUUGUGAAGUACUGUACAUUCCUAGAUGGUUUCUCUAGGGACAGAAGAAAUUAUUUACCACCUCUGUCUGUUAAAAGUCGGGCUGUAAAUAGCGCCAAUCAUCCCGCAAGGUGUCUUCUGCUCUCGCCUCCCUUCAUUGUGAUGCCGCACGACGCGAUGCAGGCACAGAAAAUGCUGGCACACCCAUCUGCUGUGGCUUAUGUCUCCCAGUCGUUUCGGGGCUUGCGAGAAUUUCACGCAGGCUUGAAGGCCUGCGUGCAAAAAGGGACAUUUUUGGGCCAGCUCAUCCAAAAUUAGAGCGGAUCUGGGAGACGUGUUUUUGCUCAUGCUUCAGUUAGAAAUUUGUCAUAAAUGCGCAGUACUCUGUGACUGACAGUACUGUGAAACAUCCCACUUUCCUCCCCCCCGUCCCCCUCCUUUCAGUUGAGGCAAACCAAGCAGUCCCCUCCAACUUGUACCGAGCAUUUUUUUCAUAGAUUUACAACAAAUUUGAUAUUUAUAUGUAGUGAUUCUGAAUUACUGGUAUUCUUGAUUUUGCUCUACUGUAAUUAGAUUUCAAUAUAUCCCGUUGUUGUGCUGUCUUUGUUUGAGGAGGGUGUGUUCGUAUAUGUGGCUGAACAUGUUAAGCCCGUGUGAUGAUUUCACUUCAGAGGCAGUCAAUCUCCUCGACUGUCAACUACCGUCGCGUGGAUCUGUUUUUAUGAGAAGUAGUGCACCGCGGCUAAUUUUGUUCUGACCUGAUAGAAAUGUGUAUUUUUAGAGUCGUAACGGAGACUGUGUCUCAUGACGUUUGAUUUCUUUAUGUAUACAUGGCUGAAGGUCAUGGUACUGUACACACUGCAAUGUGGGGGGCGGGGGGGGGGGGGGGGUGAAUCGUAUCAGUAUCGUGACACUGGUUUGCAAUAGAAACACUGCAGGAGGUUUUUUGACAGCUUUAGCUCGGUCAACAUGAAGCUCUCGGGUCUGAUACAUGCAAGGAGUUGCAACAAACAUUAGCAGGGGAUUUGUGAGUGUUGAAAAGGAUGGAGUUGUUGCGCUGUGGCACAUUGUGUGAUGACGGUGAAGAGAUGUUGAUAUAUUGUCAAGCCAAAAGUGAUUAGAUAUAAAAAUCUAUAAAUGUAUAAUAGCUCGAGCAGACACUCGAGUGUGCAUGUAAGCCAUUGAAGUACAAUCGUGUAUCAAAGUUGUUUUCCCCUUUUUAGCGAUUAGUUAAUUAUUGUUUCUUACUUAUCGUUGUGUGCCAUGGCCUACAUUUCACACAGGACUGUUGGCAUGUGCGUUUCCUGCGAUUAUUUUUAUCAACUUGCCAUGUUUACAGUUUAAGCAGUGCCUUGGAGUUGGGACGACAACGUGAGAAGAUAUUAUAGGAUGGGUUUAAGCCUCGCCCCCAGUCUCUUAUUAACCGUAACAAGAGGUGUAAUUUUGAUGAUCAUUCGCCCCUUAAAGUGCGCUUAAAUCAUUGAAAUGCAUAUUGACAUAAGAUGAGAAAACCGUUAUUUG